AUGUUGGCCUUCAGCACUCUUUGUAUUGGAACCGUUCUCGUUGCCCAGGCUUUCGCAGGUGCGGCUAACUGCCCUGCUUUUACGCCUACUGACCUGACUACCGUGAUGGCUCCCGCCGUCAACGGUGUGUGCAGCGACUCUAGCCUGGUCUGCCGCUAUAUCACCACGUACCUUGGCAGCAGCAACGCUUGCGUCACGGCGGCCAGCGUCUGCAAGAAAUCCACGUACAUCGACCCGAAGUCUGUCGCUGGACCCGCCGACUCGAGCCUGAACUGCCCGAAGACGACCCACUGUGUGACUGGAUCGACCACCAAUGGCUAUACGGGCAGCUUCUGUGUCUUUGACGGAAUCGUCGACUACACCGACUAUGGCAAAAAA